AUGACCGAUGCCAUCGACACCGGGUCCAUUCUUCCAUAUCAUCAUGCUCACACGAUGCCACUCUACGCAUCGUCUCAACCUCAAGGACGAAUGGCUGACAACCCCCAAGGAACAGCAGGACUGGGCAAAUCAACAAUUCUCGCCCUCCUCGCCCACAACCCCUCCCACAUCUACUUCUCCGGCCGCUCUCUCCCCUCCGCCGAGGCUCUCAUCGCCUCCGUCGCCUCCUCCUCCUCCUCAUCAUCAGGCACCGCCACCCCACCGCCCCUGACAUUUGUCCAAAUGGACCUCGCCUCCCUCGCCUCCGUCAGGGCCGCCGUCGCCGCCACCUUCGCCCACGACCGCCUCGACAUCCUCGUCAACAACGCGGGGAUCAUGGCCGGCCCCGCGGGUCUCAGCGCCGACGGCUACGAGGUCCAGUUCGCCACCAACCACCUCGGCCACGCCAUGCUCGUCCGCGCCCUGCUCCCCGUCCUCCAGCGUACCGCCGCCCUGCCCGGCUCCGACGUCCGCGUCGUCACCCUGACCUCGCUCGGGUACCAGGGCCACCCGGCCGACGGGAUAUCCUUCUCGACGCUGCGAACGACGCAGGCCGGGCCGCCCUUUAUCGGGCAGUGGGUUCGCUACGGACAGAGCAAACUCGCCAACAUCCUCUUCACCCGCGAACUCGCCCGCCGCCACCCGUCCAUCACCGCCGUCGUCGUCCACCCGGGCGUCGUCGGCACGGGUCUGGUCGCGAACCAGGGCCUCCUCAACCGCCUCUUCGUCCACGCGACCAACAGGAUCGCGGGCGCCUCGAUCCUCACGCCGGAAAAGGGGUGCUGGAACCAGGUCUGGGCGGCGGCGGCGGCCGGGAAGGGCGACCUCGCGAGCGGGGGGUUCUACAUGCCCGUCGGCCACCUCGCCGACGACCAGCUGGACAAGUGCGCGACGGACGACCGGCUGGCGGGUGAGCUGUGGCGAUGGACGGAGGAUGUCCUGGCCGGGUUUGACUGA